AUAUUUAGUUAGUUCUUAUGUUUAUCAAUAUCUCUGAUUAGAAGGAAACAUGAUGCAGCUGUUCAAAUAUCAUGCAAUCUGGUUGAUGGGAAAGUGAAAAUAUUGAAUAUUAUUAAUGGAUUUAUGUAGCAAAGAGAAUCACUGCGAGUUCUGUGAAAAAGCUUUCUGCUGUUACGCUUGUCGAUUCAAACACGAGAGUAGCAUCCAUAAGAAAAAUCAAUCGAAUAUUGACCGGAAACCAUCCUUUCGAAAAACAGCGUUCCAGAAAAAAAAUUCUCUCCCCAAAAUCCUGGAAUCGAUUGAAUUCAACAACAAUAAUCAAGUUUCGAAAGAUAAUAGAAAAAAAAAUUCGAUAUUUAUUUACGAGGACAUUUCGCACUUAGAAGAUACGACCAAAAAUCUGAAAGAUGCUUCAACCACGACAGAAGGAGAAAAUAUUCCAAUUGAAUUACUGACUGAUGAGAAAAUAACUAGGAAAAAAAAAAAGAUACUUAGAAUUAUCUCUUCUGAAGAACCUCUUCAUAUAACAGUGAAUGGAGAUGACAAAUUGGCGCAUUUUCUUGGGUUUUCGCAAGGCCGUAGGAAAACGAUAUCCGAAAAUGCGGAAAACAUCGAAAAUAUACCACCUAAUAAAAUUAAUGAUAACAAAACCUCUAAUACCAAUGCUGGAAAUACACCGCCUAGAGCGAUUUCAUUAAUAUUAGAAAAAUCACUAACGAUGAAUUCUGUUGAUAAGGCAGAUUCUGAAAACUCAUCGAUUUAUUGUGCCUGUUCUGAAAACUGGAACAAAUCUGACAAUCCCAAGUGGGUAAGCGCUUCAUCUGAAAUAUAUGAUUCAACUGCAAACAUCGUCAGAGAAAACUCAGAAAAUAGCUCGAUAUAUUUUGCCUGUUCAGAACGUUUGAGCAAAGAAUUAUCGACUAAAAAGUGCAGUAAUCGUAAUGAAUUUUUCGAUGAAUUCGAAAUGUUUCAAAAAAGCUCCAAGUUGGCCAGUACAAAAUUGGACAUAUCGAUUUGUUCAGCUCAGGAAGCAUUGGAAUCAGAAGGUGAUCCAAAAACAGAAUAUGUUAGUUCCACUAGCCUAGACUAUUUGAAAAUAAAUAAAGAUAUGAAUUCGAAGAAUGGCAAUGUCAGAACUGACAACAUCACCGCCAACAUGAGUCAGAACGAUUUGAGAAAUAUUUUACAGGAUUGCAGUCCAAUAAGUAUCCGAACCAUUGACAGGUCCUCAGAUUCUCGCCAAGAAUAUCUGAGCGAUUGGGCCCGCGCAUGCGCGACUCAAACCUCAAUAGAAUCAAGAAUGAACUCGUUGAGGGACCAAUCAGGAAGCGAAGACAAAGACAGUUCCAGUGAACAAGUCGAAGUUAUUGACGGAAAAACUGUUUCAGUAAACGAGGAGACUAAAGUCUUGCAGAAAAGGGACACCACCUUCUGGAACUCUUUUUCCAAUUCAUUACAACGUGCCUUCAACUCCACCAAGGAGAUGUGCAAUAGUAUUGGACGUAGAAACAAAUCUAAACGGGAUCAACAUGAUAUAGAAGGUCCUGAACCUAAACGUCAAAAAUUAGCUAUUCUUUGUCGACCACCCAUAAGAGAUAAUCCAAGAAUUAUAUUUAGGCAAGAUGGUGAUGUCAGAAGACCAGUCAUUGCUUAUGAUAGAGGAACGCAAACUGAUGACUUUUUAUUCGAAGAUGAAUAUUGAAGAAACCUUUUCUGGGUUAUACCAAAGAAUAAAGAUCUUUAUAUUUAUUAUUUACACAUUUUUUUAAGUAUUAAUUUAUGUAUAUGUAGGUAUCAAUGAAUGAUAUCAUAAGUUCAAUAAAUCUCUAACAUCCAAA